AAAAAAAAUCUGCGAGGAUGUUGGGUUGUGACGCCCUUGUACGUCAGAGGCUGCCACUUUGUCAAAAUUCAAAAGUCUCAUCGACGUAUCCCUUCCGACAAGGGCUCUGUAUAUACUAUGAUGAUUCCUUCGUUUAAGUAACUAGAAAACGUAAUUGUCGGCAGUCUUGAAUUAUUGUUAUUGAGGAUUACAUACCUUCGAGAAAAAUAUGGAGAGCACAUUGAAGGAUAUGAGAGACGGUGCUACAGUGCUGGACAUGGACCCUAAAUCCACCGUCGGUGGAGGCGUUGAGGAUGUUUACGGUGAGGAUCGGGCUACCGAGGAUCAAAUCCUCACUCCCUGGACUGUCUCCAUUGCCAGUGGGUAUUCUCUGUUGAGGAAUCCUCAACAUAACAAAGGGCUUGUCUUCACUGAGAGAGAGAGGGAUGCUCAUUAUUUGCGGGGUCUUCUGCCGCCAACAAUUGCAACUCAGGAGCUUCAGGAGAAGAAGCUGAUGAACAAUAUCAGGCAAUAUCAACUUCCUCUUCAGAAGUAUAUGGCUAUGAUGGAACUUCAGGAGAGGAAUGAACGGCUUUUCUACAAGCUUCUCGUUGAUAAUGUUGAGGAGUUGCUUCCUGUUGUUUACACUCCAACUGUUGGUGAAGCAUGCCAGAAAUAUGGGAGCAUCUUCAGACGUCCUCAAGGCCUAUACAUAAGUUUAAAAGAAAAGGGCAUGAUUCUUGAUGUAUUGAAGAAUUGGCCAGAAAGAAACAUUCAAGUUAUUGUGGUGACUGAUGGCGAGCGGAUUUUAGGGCUUGGAGAUCUCGGCUGUCAGGGGAUGGGAAUUCCUGUGGGGAAAUUAUCUCUGUACACUGCUCUUGGAGGUGUUCGUCCUUCUGCGUGUCUACCGAUAACCAUUGAUGUGGGCACAAACAAUGAGCAAUUGUUGAAGGAUGAGUUCUACAUUGGGCUCAGACAAAAGAGAGCAACUGGGCAGGAAUAUGCUGAACUUCUGCAUGAGUUUAUGACUGCCGUCAAGCAGAACUAUGGAGAGAAAGUACUUAUACAGUUUGAAGAUUUUGCGAAUCACAAUGCUUUUGAGCUGCUUGCAAAAUAUGGCACAACGCACCUUGUCUUCAAUGAUGAUAUACAGGGAACAGCAUCAGUUGUUCUUGCAGGAGUUGUUGCGGCGCUGAAAUUGAUUGGGGGAAGCCUUGAUGAGCACAAAUUUUUGUUCCUAGGUGCUGGAGAGGCUGGGACUGGAAUAGCGGAGCUUAUAGCUCAAGAGAUGUCGAAACAGACAAAAGCUCCUUUGGAAGAAACCCGCAAGAAAAUCUGGCUGGUAGAUUCGAAGGGAUUGAUCGUAAGCUCACGUAAAGAUUCACUUCAACACUUCAAGAAACCUUGGGCGCACGAGCAUGAACCUGUAAAAGAUCUCUUAAGUGCUGUCAAGGCAAUUAAGCCAACAGUUUUGAUUGGAUCUUCUGGAGUGGGAAAAACAUUUACAAAAGAAGUUGUCGAAGCUGUGGCCUCCUUCAAUGAGAAACCCCUUAUUUUGGCUCUCUCUAAUCCAACUUCACAGUCCGAGUGCACUGCUGAAGAAGCUUACACUUGGACUAAGGGCCGUGCAAUAUUUGCUAGUGGAAGUCCAUUUGAUCCUGUCGAAUAUGAUGGCAAAGUUUAUGUUCCUGGCCAGGCAAAUAAUGCUUACAUAUUCCCUGGACUUGGGUUGGGUUUGGUCAUCUCUGGAGCAAUUCGCGUGCAUGACGACAUGCUUCUGGCUGCAUCGGAAGCUUUGGCUGGUCAAGUCACCGAAGAGCUCUUCCAUAAGGGGCUCAUUUACCCUCCGUUUUCAAAUAUCAGAAAGAUUUCGGCUCAAAUAGCUGCAAAUGUUGCUGCCAAGGCAUAUGAACUUGGUGUGGCUACGCGUCUCCCUCGUCCCGCUAAUCUGGUCAAAUAUGCUGAGAGUUGCAUGUACAGUCCUAUAUAUCGUCAAUAUCGUUGAAACAUAUAUAUUCCCUGUAUUGUUAGCUUUGCUUUGAAUCCUGUUGUCAUGCUGUGUCGCCUGCUUGCUUUGUAUCUUCUUUUCUAGUAGCAUCAAGCGAAUAAACGUAUAUGUUCGAUAUGCCACCCAAUGGUAGUUCCAUUUUGUGUGUAAGUGCUAAAGUGGAUAAUUUUACCCUAAAA